AUGGUCGCUGAUGAAACAUCUCUCUGGCAUUUCUUGAAUUCAUGGUCAGAGAAAUUCAGAGCUGAGGGGAAAACAAGUGCAAUCUCAAGACCCCCAAUACACGAUCGAUGGUUUCCACAGGGACAAAAUUAUCCAUUUAUGAGUCUUCCACCAAUUCUCGGCGAUGAUGAUGAACUCAUCAUCAGUAGCGAUCAAGGAGAGAAAUUGCCAUAUGAUAUGAUUCGGGAAAGAAUAUUUCAUUUCUCAUUAGAGUCAGUGGCAAAACUAAAAGCAAAAGCAAAUGCUGAAGAAAUACCAGCAGUGGCUACAAAAGCUGACUGUGGUGAAUUGCUGGGACGAAGCCUAGUAUGGGCAGCAUGGCUACUGCAUCACGCAGUGAUCAAUCAGACAAGUGCAUCGCAUGAAUGGAUUGAAUCAUUGGUGCAAUCUAGAGAACUACCUUGA